GGGGAGGAGUGCAGGCUGCGGGCUGGUUCGAGCUGUGGGGGGUUUUUGGCCUUUUUGGGCUUUUUUUUUUUUUUUAAGUGAAAUGCGGGAGAAGUGAGCGCGAUGGAGCCGCUGAGCGCCGCCGGGCGGGAGAAGUACCCGCAGUGGAUGCGUGCGCCGAGCCAGGCGGGCGGCGCUGAGAGGUGCGAGGUGCAGAGGAGCCUCCUGGAGGACGGGCUGCCCUUCCUCGAGUUCUGCGGCUCCAUCGUUUACAGCCACGAGGCCAGCGACUGUUCCCUUCUCUCGGAAGAUAUCAGGCAAACUUUAUCAUGUGGGGCUGCUGUUGGGUUUGAUAUUGAAUGGCCACCGUCAUACACUAAAGGAAAGAUGGCAAAAAUAGCUGUCAUACAGCUGUGUGUAACGGAGGAAAAAUGCUACUUGUUUCACGUCUCUUCAAUGUCAGGUUUUCCCAAGGGACUCAAAAGACUGCUCGAAGAUGAAACAAUUAAAAAGGUUGGCGUAGGAAUUGAGGGAGAUCAAUGGAAGCUGAUGAGUGACUUUGAAAUCAAGCUGAAGAGCUUUGUGGAGCUGGCUGACGUUGCUAAUGAGAAACUGAAGUGUAAGGAAAUAUGGAGCCUAAAUGGUUUGGUAAAACACCUUUUUGGGAAGCAGCUUCUGAAAGAUAAGACUGUCCGCUGCAGCAACUGGGAAAAGUUUCCACUCAAUGAGGAGCAGAAAUUGUAUGCAGCCACAGAUGCUUAUCCUGUUGCUGAAGCAGUUCUGGAAGCUCUGCCGUGCUUUCAACGUGCCAAGUACUAUGGGCAUCGAGAAGUAUGCCAGAGGAAUCUCUAUCCAUUUGGACUGACUUCAAGCUGUCACCUCAGGAAAGCUGGCUUCAUCAUUUAUCAAAAACUGAAAAAUAUGAAUAGCAACGACAGGAAAUUAUUUGGGGAAAGAAGAGGUAACGUGUCAGAUGAUGUGAAGGAGCACCUGGCCUCACUAGCUGAAGAGAUGGUGUACCUGGCUUCUCGGAUCCCUGACUCAUCCGGACAACCUGGAAGCUUGCAGAGGGCUGCGGAAAUACUAGCUGACAUUUCAGAGAAUGUAAAAGCCUUAAGAAGCACUCUGCUUGCUGCUUCAUGUUUCCCUUCUGUACUGGAGAGGAGCUGUGGUGAAGCUCCAACAAAACUUGAAGUGGAAGCAGCAAGCGUUGAAGCACAAAAAGUUGAAAUGCUUGAACUUGCUAAAAAACUUGAAGGUGACAUCAAUAUCUGCUCUGAUGCUACGCUAGCUGGCCUCUGGGAGGGAGAUGUUGAUGAAGGAGAAGCAGAGAGAGGUAACGCUGCUGUGGGAGAUGGGGAGGAAGCAGCUGGCUCUAAGGACAGAGCAGACAGAAAUGACUUCAUGUCGCUAGACAUUACUGAGCAAGAACUUCAGAUGUUGGAACAUCAGGCUGCAGAAGAAUAUCUCAACAAAGCCGUGCCUGAGGAGGAAUGUGCCACAGAUAACAAACAUAAUAUUUCCUGUGUCAUUGAAAGCGAUGAAGAACUGGAAAUGGAGAUGCUUAAGUCUUUAGAAGAUGUAGACAGUUCUAAAGGGAUUUUGACUGAAAGUGAGUCCAGUAAAGCAAGGAAAACUCCGGAUGACACAGAAUUGAACAUUGCAGCAGAUGGAGAUGGAGAUGAAGAUGAAGGCAUUGAAGAAGAGGAGGAGGAAUGCUGGGAUCCGUUGCUGCCAGUACCUAGUGAAAUCCAGGUCACAUGUCUGAAGACUUAUUUUGGGCAUUCUUCUUUUAAACCGGUCCAGUGGAAAGUGAUCAGUUCUGUUUUGGAAGACAAAAGAGAUAAUCUUGUUGUAAUGGCAACUGGAUAUGGGAAAAGUUUGUGCUACCAGUUUCCUCCUGUUUACACUGGAUGUACUGGAAUAGUCAUCUGUCCUCUUAUUUCCUUGAUGGAAGACCAGGUACUGCAGCUGACAAUGUCAGGGAUUCCAGCUUGCUUGCUUGGUUCGGCUCAGUCGAAAAACGUCAGAGAUGGCAUUAAAGCGGGUCAAUACAGAGUCAUAUACAUGACACCUGAGUUCUGCUCAGGGAAUUUAGAGCUACUUCAGGAUCUUGACCAAGCUAUUGGUAUUGCCCUUAUAGCUGUUGACGAAGCUCACUGCAUUUCUGAAUGGGGCCACGACUUCAGAAAUUCCUUCAGAACCUUAGGCUCACUAAAGAAGACUCUGCCAAUGGUUCCCAUUGUUGCUUUAACUGCCACUGCAAGUCCCUCGAUUAGAGAAGACAUAGUGAAUUGUCUGAACCUGAAGAAUCCCCUGGUCACAUGUACAAGCUUUGACAGACCGAACCUGUACUUAGAAGUUGGACGACAGAGUGGAAAUAUCCUUAGGGAUUUGAAGCAGUUCCUUACUAGGAAAGGAAGGAGUUCUGACUAUGAGUUUGAAGGCCCUACCAUCAUCUACUGCCCUUCAAAAAAGGCCACAGAAAAAGUUGUGUCUGAACUGACUAAACUCAAUGUGCUCUGUGGCACGUACCAUGCUGGAAUGGGAAUUCAAAAAAGGAGAGAGACCCACCACCAGUUCAUGCGGGAUGAAAUUCAGUGUAUUGUGGCUACAGUGGCAUUCGGAAUGGGCAUCAAUAAAGCAGAUAUCCGGAUGGUUAUUCAUUACGGUGCCCCUAAGGAAAUGGAAUCCUAUUAUCAAGAAAUUGGGAGAGCUGGUCGCGAUGGGCUUCCUGCUUCUUGUCAUGUCUUGUGGGCUCCAGCAGACUUGACUUUUAACAGACAUCUUCUAACUGGCAUACGCAGUGAAAAGUUCCGAUUGUACAAACUGAAGAUGUUGGAAAAAAUGGAGAAGUACCUUACCUCAAAUAGCUGCAGGAGGAAAAUCAUUCUGUCUCAUUUCGAAGACAAACAACUCCGAAAGGUCUCCUCUGGCAUCAUGGGCACAGACGAGUGCUGUGAUAACUGCAGGUGCAGAACCUCCUGUCUUGCGACCUCCAGUGACUCAGAAGGAGGCUUACAGGACUUUGGAAAGCAGGCAUAUCAGCUGCUGUCUGCAGUGUGCGCCCUGGAAGAGAAGUUUGGAACUACAGUUCCCAUUUUGUUUCUACGAGGAUCUAAUUCCCAGCGUCUGCCAGAGAGGUACCGAAAGCAUGCUCUUUACGGUAGUGGGAAGGACUUGACAGAGAGCUGGUGGAAGUCACUCUGCCAACAGUUGAUAAUGGAAGGAUUCCUCAAAGAAGUCUCUGGGCGUAGCAUGUUUACGACCACGUGUGGGCUUACUCAGAAGGGAAGAAAUUGGCUUUUGAAAGCUGGAUCUACCUCAAAUCCAAGUCUUCUGUUACAGUCCAAUGAAGACUUAAACCUACAGAGACCUCCUAGAAGUAGAUCUUCACCUGUGGUGUCAAUGCAGGGCUCCCUGAGCACAAAAGGAACAAAGCAGUCACCAGUCAAGCAGAUAUCUUUGUAUGAAAUGUUUUCAUAUGAGAAAACAGCUGGAAUGCCUUCAAGAAGGAAUACCAUGCUUAACAGUUUCCCAGAGCACUCGCCUGUGAGAUCUCCUUUGAAGUCCCGAGAACCUGUUUCAUCUCCGGAAAAAGAACUAGAGACUGCUCUGUAUGGCAAGCUGUUGACUGCUAGACAGACGGUAGCUAAUGAGAAGGCAAUUCCUCCAGCUGUCUUGGCAACCAACAAGAUUCUGGUGGAGAUGGCCCGAAUAAGGCCUACAACUGUUGAGAAUGUGAAGAGGAUUGAAGGUGUAUCUGAAGCAAAAUCAACCAUGUUGGUCCCUCUCCUGGCUGAAAUUAAGGACUUCUGCAAAGUGAAUGGUUUGCAGACGGACGCAUUCCCUACAUCUGGACCUGCAGAUCAGAAAGAGGCAUCUCACCGGAAGCAUGCUAGAGCCCUUUCUCCCUCAGAGCAUGUCACAUAUGUCUUGUUCCAAGACAAAAAUCUCUCCGUGAGGACUAUAAGUGAGACCAGAUCUCUUCCUCUUUCUGAGAUUGGGACUCACCUGCUCCAGGCGAUGAAAGCUGGCUAUCCUGUCAACCUGGAGCGAGCAGGUUUGACUCCUGAAGUUAAACAGAUCAUUUCUGAUGUUAUCCGUAAUCCUCCUAUUGACUCAGACACCACCAAAAUUCAAGCAAUUAGGACACUUGUUCCUGCAAAUAUUGAACUGUAUCUCAUCCAGAUGGCUAUUGCAUUAUUGGAGAAAGAGAAUGGAAAUAAGGCUCAGCGUGGGUCAGGUGUUAAAAGGGUGUUGGUAUGGUCGGAUGGGCAGCAGGAAAAAAGAGGAACAGACCAAGCAAGCAAGGAAGAUGCUUUGUGGAGUGAAAGAAAGGGUAAUUUGAUCAAUCCUGUGCUGAAGGAAGGAGCUGAAAAAACAAAUCCACAAGUGGUGCCCUCAGCUUCGGCGCAGAGCACAGAUGACACCCAGCCAGGUGACAGGGGUGCAGCGGGCCACACGAAGCCCAUUGCAUUGGCCUCCUGGAACCAGCCAGCCCUCAAUCCUGAGGAGGAGGAACUGUUUGCUGACUCUCAGCCAAAGAGUUCACAACCCCCUUGUAAGAGGAAGGUGCCUGCAUGGUUUGGAGCCUCGGCAGCCCCUGUUGUGCCUGUGCCCCAGACCAAGAAACCCAAAGCGGACACAAGAAAAGGAAUCUUUAACUGAAGAUUUAUUUUUUCUAAGAAGUGUACGUGUACAAAUGUUAGAUGUAUUAUGACAAACUACUUUAUACGGAGCAAUACUUUAUAUGUAGCACUGAUGCCUGAUUUUGCUUGAUCUAUGCUUUUUUUUCACUGUGUGAAAGUCUUAUUAAAAAAAAAUCUU